GGUACUUAGGUAUCCACAUCUCUUCAGCCUUGUACCUUCCGGUAUCUAAAGAAGAGGAAGAGAGCUACAUAUGUAGCUUAGCUAAAACGGCGAUUGCGAACAACUAGCCGCCAUCAACUUUUCCCUAACAUUUUUCUUUUACCGGGUACAACUUCGCCGACGCGUGCGAUUCGCGAUCUUCAUUCUUUUCCUUUGCUAGGAACAUAUUCUUUCGAUGCAUGAUUAAGGUCUAUCGCGAUCCAAUUGUCAAUUGACAAUGUUGUUUUCCGAAAGCGACGCGCCUCUUCUGAGGGCGUGGAUAAUUCGGCGCCUCGCAAAUACAUCCGACGCAGAUGCCGAUGUACUUGCCGACUAUGUCUUAGCUCUUCUGCGACAUGAUGGCGAUGCCGAUUCCAUUCGCAAGAUUUUCGAGGAAGAGAUUCCUGAUUUCCUCAGAGAGGAUGCCGCAUCCUUCACGAAUGACGUAUUCCAGGCCAUCAAAUAUCAUUCCUACAUACCGGGAGCUGCUCCCCCACCUCCUCUUCCUCUUGCUCCCCGUCACACUCUUCCUCCACCCCCGGUUCCGGCAAGCGUUCCAGGACUACCGCCCCAAUAUCAGCCCCAAUUACCUUUUCCUCCCGCGCAAGCAUUGCCAACAGCACCGAGCUUAGGUCAAGGUGGAUCACGAAAGCGCUCGUAUAAUGACCGAGACGAUAAGGAUGUUGACAUCAUCUUGACGAGCCGGGAUCCUUACCCAGGACACCACCCUUACAAGCAAGCCCGAAGAGGAGGUGGGUUCUCGCAGCGCGGUGGGAGAUUUGACGAAUCGUAUAGGCCAAGAGAUCACCGUGGAUUCCCAAAUGCCCCCUAUCAACCGCCUCCUAGCAACAGUCCCUUUGGGCAGCUACCGCCGCCACCACCUUUCCCAUCUCAGCAUGACCAAGGGAUGUCACAGCUAGACCCAACCAGCCUCAUAGAAAACAUCCAGAGACUACAGCAGCUCGGCAUUCCGAUUCCACAGAUAAACGAUCUGCCCAAGCCCGUCUAUUCGGGGACUAUUCCUCCCCCACGACGACGAAAGCAACGAUGUCGGGACUACGAGGCGAGGGGCUACUGUCCAAGGGGUAAUAACUGCAAAUUUGAGCAUAGUGUUGAUUCUCUGAUGGUGCCCCCGCUUGGCCCCCCUGGGAAUGAUGAAUAUGAUCCGAACAAUGCAGUUUUCUCCAUGCCGGUUAUGUCUAACCAACCACAGCCGCAAGGAUUUCCGCCUUUAAACCUACCCUCCUUUUCAAUGCCGUCGCCUAAUAAUCGCCGCGAACAUAACAAGUCGAGACGAACUAAAGGACGGCCGGCUUUUGCUGCGAGUGGACCGGUUCACGAUAAAUCUAAGACUAGCAUUGUAGUCCAAAAUAUCCCCAACGAGAACUUUAGCGAGGAUAAGAUCCGUGGCUAUUUUACUCAGUUUGGUAGUAUUGCGGAGGUUUCGUUGCAAGGUCAUGAUAAACUUGCGAUAAUCAAAUUUGAUACAUGGGAUGCUGCUAAUGCGGCUUGGAGUUCACCGAAAGUGAUUUUCGACAAUCGCUUUGUGAAGGUGUUUUGGUACAAGGACGAAUCUGAGGCACGAUCAUCCCCGACAAAUGGAAGAGCUGGGAAUGGCGUUAAGAACGGGAUUACCAACGGCGAUGCAUCCGCUGGCGAGGGGACUCCUGUAGAACCGUUCGAUAUGGAGGAGUUUACGCGCAAACAGGAAGAGGCUCAAAAAGCCCACGACGAGAAGAUGAAGAAACGAGAAGAACUCGAUCGCCAACGCCAAGAAUUAGAGGAGCGCCAAAAGGAACUUCGCGAGCGACAGCUUGAGGAGAAGCGCAAACUUCAAGCUAGGUUGUCUCAAAGUGGAAAGACCACACCCUCGGACGGAACAGAUGGCGCCGCAAAGAAAUUUACAUCACAGACGGAAGCUCUUCGGGCCAAGUUAGCCGAACUAGAGCAAGAGGCGGAUGUUUUAGGAAUCGAUCCGGACGCUGCUCAGGAUGAAUAUUCGUCCUGGAACCCUAGAGGUGGUAGGGGUAGCCGAGGUUAUCGUGGUCGCGGUCGGUAUGCCCCGAGGGCGAGAGGCAUUCGAGGCGGCUACGGUUACCAAGCUAAAGGUGGCUUGGAGGCUAGACAUGCAGCAUAUGCCGCGUACUCCUUAGAUAACAGGCCGAAGAUUAUUGCGUUGACUGGAGUGGAUUUCACGAACCCGGAGAAAGACGAGCCUCUCCGACAGUACCUUUUUGGUAUUGGCGAGUUCAAGGAAAUCCAUACCGACCCUACGACGACGCAUAUUACCUUCAACGAUCGCAAGACGGCAGAACAGUUCAUGUUUGGCGUUUCUGCGAAUAAUAGUAUUCCUGGUAUCGAGGACAAGAUUGAGAUCAUGUGGGCUACGUCUGCGCCUCAAACAGAGAACAAGGCUACUGCCGACGGCGAUGUCCCUAUGUCUAGCGGAAUAGAGGACGAACAAACCGCUAAGGAUAAGGUCAAUACCGAGGAUAGCAGUGCGACAGCCGGACUAGAGGAAGGUGAGGUCGAGAGCUCACACGUUCGCGACCAACGCGACAUGGAUUAUGAAGCCGGGGAAGAUUGGGGUAUAUCUUGAAUGUGGCUAUGCUAAUAGGUUUAUGUCAAAUAUGUACAUUAAUAUUAGGGAACGCCAUGACCUUGUGGCGAUAGUCUGUAUCCUGAAAAGAUGCUGCGCUUUGUGGCUCGACGGUUGAUGAACUGUCCAAUGCUGAAUACCUUCCAGACUG